AUCCCAUGAUGCUGUGCGGGAGAGGUCAUCACUCAUACGGCGGCGACUUUCAAAUCCACGGUAAAACAUUUGCCUUUGUCCCAGGUAAAUAAAUACAUUUAAAAAAGAAAAUUGCUAACGUCUCAACGUUAAGGGGAACGAAAUAAUGAAGACCGCUUCUACAGCUACGCAAAAUCUUGAGGAAGCGGAUGUGAAAAUAGCGCCAACCGUACUGAAUGUUACCGACGAUUCAAAUUCACACGCAUAUACGUCUGAAAUUGUUGGUUGGGUAGAUGAUGGUAAAACGGAAAGGGGUGAAAUAGAAUCCAAAUGUUUUGAACACAAAUUAGGAGCCAGCAAUGAUCAGGUUAACAUCGCCAAAAAGAGCGGAAAUAUCACCGUGUCUUCAAGCACCUCGCUUGAAAACAUGCAAGCACAACACUGCAACAUGACAGCUGAUAAGCAUCAAUUUAACACAGCUGAGUGUGAGGCGGAGAUGGUGAGAAGAGCAAAGGAGGAGGGCAUUGUCAGUGUGGUCUUCCAAGGAACUGUGACUCAGGAAGGCUGCUGCCGUUUCGUCAGCGAAAUCCUCAAAUGUAUUUUAUAUCAGAGACAACAACUGCCCAUGACCUAUGACCAACUAGUCUACUCCCAGAAAAAAUGGCAAAACUCAAAAGCGGGUAAAGAUGUUGUUUGUGGAAGGCAAGUGAAUAUGGCAGAUGUGAAUGAACGCAAGUGUGAAAAGACGCUCCAGGACCUGGAGGAGGUGCUUCAUCAUCUCGAGGUGCUAUUCUCCCUUAGCACUGUACCCCGAGUGCUGCUGCUCAUGGGUGGCUCACUUGUCCUCCCCAAAGAGAUCUACGAGGUCAACCUGGAGGCGCUGGAAUUGGAAACUGGUGACCAAUGUCUACGGGUGUCGUCGUGUUUAAGACAACUCUUCCGCACUCUUUUUGUAGCUGACCUUUUGUCUGACAGCCGACCGGGACGUUUAAUGCCCACCACUGUCUUGGUACUGGCUCACAGGGACUGUGGAGUAGGUUGGUUCCAUCCUAAACUACGAUUUAAAGCUCCAACUUCUGUCAAAAAACAAACAAUUGCUCUUUGUACGGAUCCAUGUAGUUUGAGGAACGCAAUCAAAGACUUAGUGGACUGGCAGGAAUAUGUGUGGUUUCAAGCACCUAUGACCAUCAAUGGCUUUUGUGCCUGACGACAAAUGUGGUCUGUAUACUACUUUUUAAAUGAUGGUUUGAAUGAGUUUUGGAUAUUUAAAUUUUUUAUUUUUCCAUUUUAUGGCUUAAUCAUACAGUAAAUCCAAAUUAGUUGCUUUUCAGUGACUACCGUUUACUUUUAUUUUAGUUAUAUUAUUGUCAAGUAACAGUAGUAAUGCAAUGAUAAUACCUCAUGGAGUACAUUGACACUACAUGAACUUUUAGCACUGUAUUGACACAGUGUCAGUGACUCAAUGACUUCCACAGUAGUUCUAAAAUCGUUGCAGGUAAACAAAAUAGAGGGAUAAGCUUGCAUGCUCCGGUGAAAUACUUUUUUUUAGUUUAAUCACUAGUCCUUUACUGAAAACAUGAAGUCGUCAUUGUAUAUUUCAUUUGCUGAUUUUUUUUUUUUUUUUUUUUUUUUCCGAGGUUAUGAGAAAAUUUCAAAUUUGCAAAUAUAUAUGCAAAUGCUAAAAUUGCUUGGUAUGUAGAAUAUAGCAGAUUCUUUUUCAUUGCCAUGCCCAGCAGUUCUUUUAUUGAUGGAAGACACUUCACCUACAAUUACUUUUCUAAAAACAAUUCAAAUGCUUACCAGAAAAGAGUACAAACAAAUUUAAUGAAAAAAACAGCAAAGAUAAACAAAAGGAAGAGAAGAUAGUUGGUGUCUAAAAAUCAAAAUGAUUCCAGACUUGGGAAAACUUCUUGGAAUCGUCCAUGAAGUCAGUGGAAUAAGGUGAUGGGAACCAAAAAUCCAAAAUUCAACACCAAAACUCCAUCUAACAAAUCAUUAAUGUGUUACAUGUAGUUUUUUUUUCCCCAAACAAUUUUGCGUGGCACAUCCAAACAACACUCUUCCUUUACCCCCCCCCCCAAAAAAAAGACGAUACACUCACAAAUGUGGGGUUUCACUCUUGUGCGCUCGGCACAAGAGGCACAUUUACUUAUUUGUGUGACUUCUAGAGUCAUGAUUAAAAAUUAAAAACUUAAAAAAUUAAGUCUCAGGGUUGCUAAUCUGAUUAUGCAGCGCAGCCGGCAACAUUUUGUCUUGGAAAUCUCGCAGCGUCGAAUCAUGUCACACUUCACCUCUGGAUCUAUAAAAAAAUAAUUAUUUUUCUGAAAGAACAUCUAGCAUCCACAAUGUCUAGGUCAGGGGUGCUCAAUGCGUCAAUCGCAAGGCAGUUUCAGUCGAUCGUGACAGUGUGCUGAGAAAAAAAUAAAAUAAACACAUCAGCCAUAUUCUUUUUUUUUAACUUUAGCUCACCGCGCAUUUGCAAACAACGAAAGUACAGGAAAACAUGCAGUCAGUGAGUUCCCACCUAUUUUGAGCUCUCGCUUAAGAAAUCUUAAACACGAGUCCUCAAUGCUGCAGUAAAUAAGACAAAAAUGUGUCACUUUCAUAUGGAAUGUUAGGGGGAGUUUUUUUUUUCAAGAUGUCAUUUUCGAAAUGCGUUUGCCUCAUCUGCCAGUGUAGUGAAAUACGGAACGGCAUCUUUGAACUGUUUAUGGAAAAUACAACACCGACAUUCUGCCAAAAAGCAAGCUCAGAAUGAGAAAAUUGAACGAACUAAAAUCCCAACUGGCCACACAGAUUUUUUUUUAGGCGCAGCCGAGGCUUAUAGGGUGUCCGGUUUGGUGGCCUCACCAUUGCAUCUCUGGGCUUUGCAGAUGUGGUUCUGUUGGCUUCAUCAAGCCGUGAUCUCCAGCUCUCACUGGAGCGAUUCGCAACCAAGUGUGAAGCAGCAGGGAUGAGAAUCAGCACCUCCAAUUUCGAGACUAUGCUCCUCAGUCGGAAAAGGGUGGUGUGCCCUCUCCUUGUCGGGGAUGAGAUCCUUCCCCAAGUGGAGGAGUUCAAGUAUCUUUGGUCUUGUUCACAAGUGAGAGAAGAAUGGAGCGGGAGAUCGACAGAUGGGUCGGUGCAGCGUCUGCAGUGAUGCGGACUUUGUAUCGGUCCAUUGUGAUAAAGAGGGAGCUAAGGCAAUUCUCUCAAUUUACCAGUCAAUCUACGUUCCUACCCUCACCUAUAGGCAUGAGCUUUGGGUCGUGACCGAAAGAGCAAGAUCCCGGAUACAAGCGGUUGAAGUGAGUUUCUUCCGCAGGGUGUCCAGGGUCUCCCUUAGAGAUAGGGUGAGAAGCUCAGUCAUUCGAGAGGGGGUCAGUGUUGAGCCGCUAUUCCUCCGCAUUGAGAAGAGCCAGAUGAGGUGGCUGGAGCAUCUGAUUCGGAUGCCCCCCGGACGCCUCCCUGGUGAGGUGUUCCUUGCAUGUCCCACCGGAAAGAGACCCCGAGGACGAUCCAGGACACGCUGGAGAGACUAUGUCUCCUGGCUGGCUUGGGAACGCUUCGGGAUCCCUCUGGAAGAAAGUGGCUGGGGAAAGGGAAGUCUGGCUAUCCCUGCUGAAGCUACGUCCCCGUGACCUGACCCAGAAAAGCGGUAGAUAAUGGAUGGAUAGCCACGCAGCAGUCACUUUUCACACAGUUCAACAGCAAAAGCUGCCACAAAGCAUUGUUUCUGGGUUCGUCAGAUCACACAUAAAGAGACAUAGCUGACUCAUUGUUCCGAUCCUUUAAAAAUAAGGCAGAAAUAUUAUCUUUAAUAAAAUCUCUGCAUCUGUAAAGGAGUACAGGUAUAUGGUGCUGUGAAGCCAUGGUUGAUGUGUGGAAGGACAUCUUAGAUUGUGUUUGUCACUGCUGUUGGACGAAUUCACAGACGUGAGUGACAGCCCAGGUGUGCAUUUUCAUACGUAUGGUGUUUAGUGACCAUCAAUGUGAACUCAGAUAGUUUAGAAAAAAAAUGUUUAAAGUUAAUUGUGUAAUUUUAGCUCAUGCGAUUAUGCAAGGCACACACACACAUACAUUUACACAUAAAGAAUCCUCAAUAUACUUGAAAAUAAAAAUGUUUUUCAUUUUUGUAGUGGGUCGAUCUUUGUGACUUUGUCAUUAAUUUCAUCAUUGUUCAAUCUAAAAAAAAAGUCCCCCCCCCCCCCUUCCCGUCGAUCGUGAGAGGCUUGAGAAGUAGUUAAAGUAGGGUAAAAAAGUCUGGGCACCUGGGUCUAGGUGGAGAUUUUGAGGCUUAUUUGGUGAUCCAAUCAAUGAAGUAAUUGAUUGGCUCUGCAAAAGAUAUUUACUCCACCUUGCCAUUGUGCGCAGUAUAAAUGAAUACAAGUGUUUAUCUUUAGCCUUUUUGCGUGUGUUUUGACGUAGAACUGUAAAUUUCUGAUAAGCAAUAGUUAUUUGAAAAAAAAAAAAGUCAGCAGCAUCGGAGGUACAACACAUCUGAUACAGACAACAUGUAAUGCUACAAGACAUAUUUGCGCUU